AUGGGAUUUCUACGCCUGACAUUGUCGAAGUGCUGGACUUCAGGCCGAGUGGCUAGAGAACUUGCUCCACGAGCCAGAGUACUACUCAUCUCCCGUGGCCUGGUUGCUAGCACCCCGUUGAAGACAUCAUCGCCACGAGUCUCUAGAUUCCCGUCAGCACGCGGCUCACGAGGGUACUCAACAAAGCAGGGAGCCAAUGAUGGACGCAGCAACUCUCCCGUGGCGUCCAUUAUAACAGCUUCUGCCAUCACUGUCGCUGUUGGUGUCUACCUUUACAAGCAAGGAUUGGAGCCCACUAAGAUGGAUGCACUCAAAGUGGCUCCGACCUCGGCGAAUACGAGCAAAGGGGAUGUAACAACUCACGCUAUUUCCCUUGCCCCGGUCCGAAGCAAUGAUGCCACAGAACCAUCACUCCCAAAGGUCCUGGAACGUCUUGACGAUGACACUGUCGAUAUAUCAAAGCUUCCCAGGGAAGAUGCUAUCUUGACGACUGCACCAGAAGUUCCACCACCCAUCACAAGAGACUAUCCUGUGCUUCUCCAAGUUCCAUUGGAAACUACAACGAAAGUAACACAGUUGACAAGUCAAUACAAAUACGAGCAAUGGACCUUUAAUAAUACGGUUCCAGGACCUUUUAUACGGGCCAGAGUCGGGGACAUUGUGGAACUCACACUCACCAAUCGGGACGCCGCAGGGAACCCGCAUAAUAUUGACUGCCACGCUUUCACUGGGCCUGGUGGUGGGGCAGCAGUGACCACCGCAGAAGAGAACGAGACCAAGACCGCCCGUUUCAAGCUACUAUACCCGGGGCUAUAUGUCUAUCACUGUGCUGCAGCACCGGUACCUGUGCACAUCGCUAACGGCAUGUAUGGCCUCAUGUACGUGCAGCCAACUGAGGACCUCCCCUCUGUGGAUCGCGAAUACUACGUCAUGCAGAGCGAGUUCUAUCAUGAGCCGCCAGAGGUUGAUGAUGAUGGUCGCCCUUCUGAUACGGUGGAGUUCUCUUAUCCUAAUGGACUUCGUGAGGAACCUAACAUCGUGGCCUUUAACGGCAGCGAGUCUGCUCUGACAAGAGACCAUCCUCUCAAAGCCUUAGUUGGCGAGAGUGUCCGCAUCUUCUUUGGAAAUGCUGGGCCCAACUUGACAAGCUCGUUCCAUGUUAUCGGCUCACACUUUAGGAACGUCUACCGUGAUGGAGAUGUUCUUAGCCCUCCUGGCCGUUGUAUCCAAUCAGUUGGCGUCCCUGCUGGAGCAGCAACAAUCGUGGAUUUGAAAAUGGCCGUGCCAGAAACCUACACCUUGGUCGAUCAUGCGAUAUUCCGCCUGGACAAAGGGGCAGUCGGCUUCCUCAAUGUUUCUGGUAAGCCAAGAGAUGAUAUCUACUCGAGUGCGCAACCGCCUAGGCCGUGCGUCGGAUGCAAACUACAUGCUUGA